AGCCUAAGACAGCAAGUCUAAGUCUGGAGGUUCCACUGGUUCCCACCUGGCUGUAGAGAGGUUCACCUAUCCCUGCAGUCAUGGCUAUACACCGCGGCUCUGCACGGGCCGCUCCCGCCUCAGAUAAAGUACAGAAAAACAAGUCUGCACAGACGUCAGGACUGAAACAGGGCAGCCGAAUGGAGAAAAUUUUAGGGUUUGAGUGGACAGAUUUAUCUAGCUGGCAGAGUGUUGUAACCCUGCUUAAUCGACCAACAGACCCUGCAAACCUGGCUGCCUUUCGUUUUCUCUUUGCAUUCUUGAUGCUGCUGGACAUUCCCCAGGAACGGGGCCUUAGCUCUCUGGACCGGAAAUACUUGGAUGGUCUGGAUGUGUGCCGUUUCCCCUUGCUGGAUGCCCUGCGCCCGCUGCCACUUGACUGGAUGUACCUUGUCUACACCAUCAUGUUUCUGGGGGCACUGGGCAUGAUGCUGGGCCUGUGCUACCGGCUAAGCUGUGUAUUAUUCCUGCUCCCAUACUGGUACGUGUUUCUCCUGGACAAGACAUCGUGGAACAAUCACUCCUAUCUGUAUGGUUUGUUGGCCUUUCAGUUGACAUUCAUGGAUGCAAACCACUACUGGUCUGUGGAUGGCCUGCUGAAUGCCCGAAAGAAGAAUGCUCAUGUGCCCCUUUGGAACUACACAGUCCUGCGUGGCCAGAUCUUUAUUGUGUAUUUCAUUGCGGGUGUGAAAAAGCUGGAUGCUGACUGGGUUGGGGGCUACUCCAUGGAGCACCUGUCCCGGCACUGGCUUUUUAGUCCCUUCAAGCUGGUGUUGUCCGAGGAGCUGACAAGCCUGCUGGUGGUACACUGGUGUGGGCUUCUCCUUGACCUCUUGGCUGGAUUCCUGCUCUUCUUUGAUGCCUCAAGAACCAUUGGCCUCUUGUUCGUGUCCUACUUUCACUGCAUGAACUCGCAGCUCUUCAGCAUUGGUAUGUUUCCCUAUGUCAUGCUGGCCAGCAGCCCUCUCUUCUGCUCAACCGAAUGGCCUAGGAAGCUAGUAGCCCGAUGUCCAAAAAGGCUGCAGGAGCUGCUGCCUGCCAAAGCUGCUCCCCGACCUAGUGCUUCCUGUGUCUAUAAGAGGGCCCGGGCCAAAGCUGGUCAAAAGCCAGGGCUGCGCCACCAGCUGGGAGCCGUCUUCACCCUGCUCUACCUUCUGGAGCAGCUCUUCCUGCCAUAUUCCCAUUUCCUCACUCAGGGUUACAACAACUGGACAAAUGGGCUGUAUGGCUAUUCCUGGGACAUGAUGGUGCACUCCCGCUCCCACCAGCAUGUAAAGAUCACCUACCGUGAUGGCCUCACUGGCGAGCUGGGCUACCUUAACCCCGGGGUAUUCACACAGAGCCGGCGAUGGAAGGACCAUGCAGACAUGCUGAAGCAAUAUGCCACUUGCCUGAGCCUCCUGCUUCCCAAGUACAAUGUCACUGAGCCCCAGAUCUACUUUGAUAUUUGGGUCUCCAUCAAUGACCGCUUCCAGCAGAGGCUUUUUGACCCUCGAGUGGACAUCGUACAGGCUGUCUGGUCCCCCUUCCAGCGCACGCCUUGGGUACAGCCACUCUUGAUGGACUUAUCUCCCUGGAGGACCAAGUUACAGGAUAUUAAGAACAGUCUGGACAACCACACUGAGGUGGUCUUCAUUGCAGAUUUCCCUGGGCUACACUUGGAGAAUUUUGUGAGUGAAGACCUAGGCAACACUAGCAUCCAGCUGCUGCAGGGAGAAGUCAUUGUGGAAUUGGUAGCAGAACAGAAAAACCAGACUCUUCAAGAAGGAGAGAAAAUGCAGUUGCCUGCUGGAGAGUACCAUAAAGUCUAUACUGUAUCAUCUAGUCCUUCCUGCUACAUGUACGUCUAUGUCAACACUACAGAGGUCGCACUGGAGCAAGACCUGGCGUAUCUGCAAGAAUUAAAGGAGAAGGUGGAGAACGGAAGUGAAACAGGGCCUCUGCCUCCAGAACUUCAGCCUCUUUUGGAAGGGGAAGUAAAAGGGGGCCCUGAGCCAACACCUCUGGUCCAAACCUUUCUCAGACGUCAGAGGAAGCUCCAAGAAAUUGAACGCAGGCGAAAUAGCCCUUUCCAUGAGCGAUUCCUUCGCUUCAUGCUUCGAAAGCUGUAUGUCUUUCGACGCAGCUUCCUGAUGACUCGAAUUUCACUCCGAAAUCUGCUAUUAGGCCGCCCUUCCUUAGAGCAACUAGCCCAAGAGGUGACAUAUGCAAACUUGCGACCAUUUGAACCAGUUGAUGAGUCAAGUGCUUCAAACACAGAUUCUUCAAAUCCUAAUCCCUCAGAGCCAGAUUCUGAGCAUGUUCAUUCUGAGUUCUGAAUGAAGUCCAGAUGCUCUGUGCAGACGUGGGGGCAGCCUGUUAUAGGCUUUAUUGUCUAUGCAAAGGACAUUUUUUGGAGAAAAAUGAUUUUGAGAUAGGCUUUCACAGUACAGCCCAGGCUGGCCUCAAACUCAUGGUGGUCCCUUUUUCAGCUUGUUUUGUGAUUACAUAUAUAUCAGCAAACCUAGUUGGUUUUCCCUUUACAUUUUUUCCUCCUACAAGUUCUUUAAAAUUAUAGCUUACAGGAUCUAAGGCAACAGAGAAUUUGAAUCCCAAGACUGAGGGCUUUUAGUCUUUAUAGACAGGAUAUCUCCGUGUGGACCAGACUGGCCUUGCUCUCAAGAGAUUUACCAGCCUCUGCCUCCUGAGUGCUGGAAUUUAAGGCUUGGGACAUUGCUACCUGGCUUAUAAGUCAUUUUUAAGUUGGCUUGCUCUUUAGGAAAAGGAAUUUUACAAUGAAUAUAGCUGAACCCAUGUACUUGCUAUGUGCUUGGUACUGUUUGAAGCAUUGUACCUGAAUUAACAUACUUGUACUUUAAGAAGCAUUGACCUUUACCUUUAAAGAAAGGAGAACAUGCAAAAUUUACCUAAAGUCAUCUAGGAGUUGACAAUUUGAAAUGUUAGAUUUAAGGUCCUGUAACCUGCUGCUUUUAAUUUUCAGACUUACACUAAAACUGAAGUAUAGCUUAAAACUUGUGUUAAUUCCAAGUGACAAGAGUGAUCAGGUAGUAAUAAAGGAAUAAGGCAGUUUUUAAUUUAUAAAUCAUUCCUAUUUGUAGCCAGCAAGUUUUUCAGUACCACUGGCAUCAAUCAGAAUAGCAUUACUAAAUAGGGAAGCCAGAUGGCUUGCUUUUAUAUAAAUCAGCUUAGUGAAUGGUAACUCGCUAAGCCAUGGCUGAGUCAUAAGCCUUGAAGUUUUGUUUCCUUAUAUUGGUCAAGCCCCAUCGCAUCUUCCUUCUGUUCAUCCUUCAUUCUGAAAUCUAGUUAGGGAUAGACCAAGGUAGGGUCAUCACUUCCAAUUGCACAGGUUAGGCCUGAGAAUGGAGAACCAAAAAUCCAUUUUAAUGCAUAUAGUACACUGUAUGUAGGCUACUACUGACGGCCGUGUACAGGUCACUUUUAACAGGAAAAGCACUAGUUUAUACCUUUUCAUGAUCUUACCUUAACAGUAUGAAAUACAGCCUGGCAUUAUGCCCUUUCACUAUUUUUUAUUCAGUAGGGGGAUUUUGUAAACUUUUGUGGGGAAAUGAACCCAAGGUUCAUGCAAAGUAUGAAAUUUAUACAGAGAUGCUCCUUUUAUGUUGAUUUACUGAGUUUUCUCCCCCCACCCCAAAUGUUGGGAUGAAUUAAGUGGAGAUGAAGUCAUUAAUAGUUAAGCUGCUUGAGGCUAGCGAUGGGGCUCAGUUGAUAUAGUCUCCCAUUCAUGAAGUCCUGAGGCUCUGGUGUACAUCUAUAGUGCAUCCUCAGCAGUCUGGAAGAUCAGUUCACGGGCAGCACCAGAGUAGUGAGACUCCAUUUAGUUGAUGGAAAUUGUAUAGUAUUGCCAGAGAAACCAGGCUUUGCUAUUAGUUGUCUUGGGAAUAGAUUUGUUUUAUAAAAGCUCUAGCUGAAUUACUCCACCCAUCUCCAGCAUACACUCACUUUGUGCUUGUCCUUAGCCCUGAACCCCACUUCCCAUGCUUAUUCAUUUCCUUCCAUCCUCCCUGGCCUAGCUAGUGCCCAUGCACCUAGUAUUUCUCAGGACCUUAGUUUUUUUAAGGGCUCUCAAACUAGUUUUUGGGAUCUCACAAGCAUAUCUAUGUAGUUGAGCACUUUAGAUAUGGCCUCACUUACCCCAGGCUACCCCCUCAAAUAUAAAUUUAUGUAGCUGAGGACGAUCUUGAACUCCCAAUUGUCCUGUUCUUGCUACUGGACAAUCUCAUUCCUGUCUUGAGCAAACAAGCAUCUACAAGAUAAGGACUUGCUAAGUAUAAGUAGCCCAGGUUUACUCAAUCUCUUAAAUGCUGGGAUGGAUACAUGAGCCACUCUUCUUAAACGCCUGGAAAUUUAACUAUGUUCGUAUUUGCUUCCCAAGUGCUAGGAUUAAAGAAACAUGCUGCCAUUACCAUCAGGCAAAGAAAAUCAAUAAACUUUGUAUAUAACCUCACUGUA